AUGCAAAAUUUUGAAAAUAAUUUAUCGUUUAAUUUUAAUGAUAAAAGUAAUGUUUUAAUUGAAAAUAAUAAUUUGGAUGUUUCAAGAGAAAAAUUUUAAAUAGAAAAAAGUUAAUUUAAUUUCUAUUUUAUUAUUGGAAAAGGUGGUUUUGGUAAAGUAUGGAAAGUUGAAAAUAGAAAAUCCAGACAAAUAUUUGCUAUGAAAGAAAUGUCGAAAUCAUUGGUCAUAACCAAAAAAUCUGUAAGCUCAGUAAUGAAUGAAAGAAAUUUAUUAAGUAUGCUAAAACAUCCAUUUCUUGUAAAUAUGUAGUAUGCAUUCUAAGAUAGAGAUAAUUUAUAUUUGGUAAUGGAUUUCAUGGCAGGAGGUGAUUUACGUUUUCAUAUAGGAAAAUAAAGAAAGUUUAAUGAAGAAUAAACCAAAUUCUUUGUGACCAGUAUAUUUUUAGGAUUAGAAUAUUUACACAAAAAUAGUAUUAUCCAUAGAGAUAUAAAGCCUGAAAAUAUAGUACUUGAUGGCGAUGGAUAUGUGAAAAUAACUGACUUAGGAGUAGCUAGAAUAUGGAAUCCUGAUAAUUAAAAUGAUACAUCAGGAACUCCCUGGAUAUAUGGAGACCAUAUGUUGGAAGGUCUAGGUAAGAAAUAAGGAAUUAAAUUUUAGCGAAAAAAGUUUAAAUUAAAAAACAUGAAAUACCUGAUGGAUGGAGCAUAGAGGCAGCUGAUUUUAUAAAUAAAAAAACCAGCUUAAAGAUUAGGGAUAAAUGGAUCUGAUGAAGUUAAAAAUCACCCUUGGAUUAAAAAUUAUCCUUGGCAAAAACUUUAUAGAAAAGAGUUAAAUGCUCCAUUUAAACCUUCCUAGUAAGAUAAUUUUGAUUUUAAAUAAUAAAUUUCUUAAGAUGAUGAAUAAGAUAUUGAAGUUAUUCAAUAGAAUGCUAUUUUAUUAAGAAAACCUUAAGUUUAAAGUAUUUUUUUAUUGAAAUUUAUAUAAAAUAUUUUAAAUAUUACAUAAUAUAUAAAAUAAUAUAGGUCUUUUUAAAGGAUAUAAUUUAGAUAACUCAUAAUUUAAUUAAGCUAUUCCUUCAGAAUAUUCGAAUUGUAAUUCUAAUAUAAAUAGAUCUACUAAUACUUCUAUUAAUAAUAGUAAAUAAAAUUACGUUGA